UUAUUCACCACACAGGAAGUCAUUUUGGGUUACUGCAGUGGGCUGUUUGACUCUGACUGCAGGAGUUUAUGUGUCUCUAUGACAGAGAAAACACAAACUGUGUUCUCAUUACCACCGUAACCAAACCAGACAGACACUUCUGGACACUCACCGCCACAGAUGUGCUCGCCGAGCGUCUUCUGAGAAAGCUGCAGAGAGAGAGAAAGAGAGGGAACAGCCUUGAGUCGACUGUGAUAAUGGAUCGAACACUCAGAAGGAACAACCAGAGUUGUCUCAGCUCCAGCAGCGUCACGGAGCAUGAAUACGACAUGGUGGACGACCAAGAGGAAGUGCUGAGCCUGCGCAUACUUCCUGCGAGGCCCAUGAACGAGGACUAUGCCGACCGAGCUCCUCCGAGGCCGUCGUCGCAGGGCCUGUCGUCGCACUUCACUGGUAACUCCAACAACCUCUCUAGAAGUCCGCGCAGAGAAGCCCCUCAUUUUGCAGCGCCUGCUGUAAACAGAGACCUGAAGCCUAGCAGAAGAAAGACUAGAUUAGAGACGAGGUCUGUAACUGUGCAGACAGAAGAGCAGCACCCACGCAGGUGCUCUCUGUCACCUCCGUCUUCUGCGCUGGACUCAGUACCCGGACUCACUCCUCACAAAACUUGCUGGAGAAAUGGACAAGAAAAGAGCGCUCAAAAGAACGGGUUCAGCUCACAGGCCACGGGUCCACAGAGUACAGAACCCGUUUCAGGCCUGCACAUCAAUCAUAGAAGACACUUUCUGGAUCAGGAUACACGUCACAUAGACUCAAGGUCUCGGCGAAACCUGGAGAGGGCGCCGGAAAAACACCAUCACCACGAGUGGCCUCAAACCAAAAGAGACUUUGAUCAGCACGACUUUGUUCCAAAGGAAAAGCCACAGCAGAUGUAUUGUGAAGAAGACUGGUACAUUGGGGCUUGUAAUCGAGCAGAUGCUGAACACGCCUUGCACCUGGUGAACAAGGACGGGGCGUUUUUGGUGCGCGACUGCUCUGUCAACACCAACAGUGAACCCUUGGUUCUGUCCGUGUAUCACGAGAAGAAGGUUUACAACGUGAAGAUUCGCUUCAGUGAGAGCGCCGGCAAGUACGUACUGGGAACAGGACAGCGAUCCAAUGACAUGUUUGACUCGGUGGCAGACAUCAUCAGGUUUCACAGCAUAUUUCCGAUCAUACUCAUCAGUGGCAGAAAUCUCCCUGGGAGCAAAUAUGCAGAGAACUGUGUGCUGACAUACGCAGUAACAAGGAAGGAUGUCAACCAGCUUCUUCAGUAACAGAUCCAGCACAUAUACGUAUACACUCUGCCCUGCCACUUUAUUAGGUGCCCUCUGGACAGGAGCUGACACCCGAACUGCAGGUCGAAAUGACAACGAAUCAGCACUGGACACACUUGAUAAGGCACUGGAGACAGGCACGUGAGAAAUUUUCACCACGUCAGGCUUAGCAGGUCCUUGACUGAUGUUCUUAUGGAGGCGGUCAAUGUGCUUCACAAGGCACAGCCUCCGCAUGUAGCCUUGUCCACAGUACUGACAUUUAUAUGGAUAGUUUGUAGUGUGCUGCUUCAAGUGAGUGUUCAGCUCGGCCUCGCUGAAGAACACAUUGUUGCAGUAGAAACAGUAAAACCUUGUCCCCAUGUGCUCAAGCAUGUGCUUCUCAAACACCGCAGCAUCCUUCGAAGGAAAUCCACAUUUACCACAGUACAUCACAUCUGACUCGCACCGCACACGAUCCAGACCCAGAUUCUGGUGUCCUCCGUUCACAGACGACGGGACGCUGUGAUAGCUGACAGGUUUCAUGUUGUGCCGUGUGGUCAGGGGGUCAUCUGGGUCAGCAGGGUCCCACAAAUGCAAAAGCUGCAAUCACAUUAUCCCGUAAACAUCCAUCUCCACCUGCCCUCCAUUCGUCAGGGAAGUGAAGAGUGGGAAGAUAGUGGACAGAACAGCUUUGUUUGCCCCCUGGAAGAAGAGAACGUGAGGGGAAAAAGCUUUAUUGACAUGAAUGUAAAUAGACUGUAAACACACAGAGCUUUGAGGCCCAUCGACUCCCUCCCCCCCGCACACACUCAUGUUGCUUUUGAUCUACGCCUGAAGCCAUUUCCUCUGCACAACACGGAUUGUUUAAUAAAGCUAAAGAGAUUCCGAGCGGUUAACUAGUGUGCAUUCUAUCCACCUCUUAUAAAAUUAUUCCUCCUAACCUCCUCUGAGCGCAGGGGAAAGGCCCUACCUGACCACAGCUAAGGGUCGCAGACACGACGGCCCGCAUUUCAGCUGUAAAACCUUUACGAAACAGACAAACCUCACUCGCACGUACCUGCUCGGGGGACACUGCACGGGCCGCUGUGGUAUGUUGUUUCAAUGUUUUCGAGGCAAAAAUCCCUUUAAAAUCCUUUAUUUGGAUGUGAUAGUAGUGCUUGUCAACACUGCCAACCGAGCCGUUUUUAUUUUAGCUCAGAAUCUAUCCCUCUGUGCUAGCAACGGACGGCGAUUACGGAAACAGCUGCUGCCGCCUUCAAAAUAAAGUGUCAAAAACUGACCAUUGACCGACAA